AUGACACCUACAGAAGGCACAGACCCUGAGAUGUCGAAGGCCAAGGCCCCCAGGGGAAGGGUUGCCUCUGACAAUGUCAGAGCCAUCAGCAGCCCUGAGGAACCAGUGCCAAUGUCUCAGAUCCAGGACCCACUCUCCUCCAAAGGAAUCGAGGCAGAGCCAGUCAGGGACACUGUCAGAGUUGAAGAAAGGGAUAUUCUGUGCUUUGACUCUGGUCUACUUGAGAGUGUCAGGCCCUGCAGCACUGAAGCUGAAGGUCAGAUCAGAGGAGGAGGCUGGUGUAUCAGGGUUAGUAUUCUCAUGGAUCCAGCAUGGGUUGGAGAAGUUGAUACAGCUACAAGUCGGGUGAUCCAGACAACAGAGACCCACUGGGCUAUGUGGGUAAUUUUAGGAACCACUGUCUUUUUAGUUUUCAUGGUUAUCGCAUUAGCUGCCUUACUUCAAAGACUGCGACAGAAAACAAAGAAUGCUGCAAAGGAAACAGAUCCAGAGCUACACGUAAAUAUGUCGACAGGUGAAGGUGAAACACUUCACAACAGCAAUAUCUCCUGUGAUGUGCCAAAGGAGUUUCAUGUGGAAACAACAGAAGAAACAGAAAAAACAGAAACUGCUGUCUUUUGCCAAGUUGAAAUUUGUACAUGCCAAGAUGAAGAACGACUGCAGUCCAGCACCUCUGUUCACAGUUCUGUAUGUGAUACAUCAUUUCCUUUGCCUGCCACUGAAGAGGGGGCCACUGUGCUUGUGACCACAAAAACAAAUGAGUACUGCAGCAAUACACCAAAUGCCAAGAACGAUGCAUUCCUUAGACUCUGGACAUCUAUUUUUGGUACCUAUUAAACAAAAUGUGCAGGUCACACAUUCAUUCUGGCCUGCUCUAAGCAAAAUACCAACAACAGCAUAUCAAGCUAACAUACAUUCAAAACAGUGAAUAUAUUGUGUAUUUUUGUAGCAAACUGUCAUGGUUAAAGAAACUAUUUCAGCUGAACAAGGAUGCUUUCUAAUUUCAUUUAAGUUCCAGUGCAUGUCCCUGGGACAAAAAUAAAGAAAAACUGUGUCUCAACAUUUAUUAGCUAAAAACGUCAUACUUAAAUCUAAGAACAAAAUAAACAGUAAAAGGCAGACAUCUGCAUAAUGAUAACAUUUGGAACAGAAUGUAAAAUUAAUGCUAUACUUCAUUAUAUGCUAUCAAAAUUAAGAUAAUUUAUUUGCUACUGCUAUGAAGAAAAUGUACUUAUAUAUGUAUUUUUGUGUGUAAUAUUCUUUUCUAAGAAAAACAGCACAUACUGACAGCUCACCUAAAGACUCUGCACAGCAAAUAAAGACUGCUUCACACCAGCAAUCUGGGUUUGUGAAUGGACCAGAGAAUGACCCUGCCAGCUAUGUGGUGAAGGAUAAAAAUGCCAAACAGAAGUUCUCCUUAUGUGGAUGUGAAGACAGGCUUAGCUGGCAGCUGAACAGUAUGGACCCCCAAGGAAGACAAGACUUUCUGGCAUGUACUAAAGCUUGUGUAUAAGCAUAGGUACAGGCAUGCAUGUAUAAUUUAUAUGAUCUUUAUUAAUAGUUUCUUCAAGCUUCAGCAUCACUAAACUUCAUCUCAA